CGAUUCCCACGCCCCCUUCCGGCGUCUAGAGCGCCGCUGCCGCCAUGUUGAGCGGGGGACCGCGACCAGCUGGGCCCCUGGCUCAGGGAGGGGCCACGUCAGUGCUGCCAGAGACGUCACAAUGCCGGCCCAGCCCUUCGGCAGAGAAGAGGCGAUGGCGGCGAUGGCAUCUCUCGGCGCCCUGGCGCUGCUCCUGCUGUCCAGCCUCUCCCGCUGCUCAGCCGAGGCCUGCCUGGAGCCCCAGAUCACCCCUUCCUACUACACCACUUCUGACGCUGUCAUUUCCACCGAGACCGUCUUCAUUGUGGAGAUCUCCCUGACAUGCAAGAACAGGGUCCAGAACAUGGCUCUCUAUGCUGACGUCGGUGGAAAACAAUUCCCUGUCACUCGAGGCCAGGAUGUGGGGCGUUAUCAGGUGUCCUGGAGCCUGGACCACAAGAGCGCCCACGCAGGCACCUAUGAGGUUAGAUUCUUCGACGAGGAGUCCUACAGCCUCCUCAGGAAGGCUCAGAGGAAUAACGAGGACAUUUCCAUCAUCCCGCCUCUGUUUACAGUCAGCGUGGACCAUCGGGGCACUUGGAAUGGGCCCUGGGUGUCCACUGAGGUGCUGGCUGUGGCGAUUGGCCUUGUGAUCUACUACUUGGCCUUCAGUGCGAAGAGCCACAUCCAGGCCUGAGGGCGGCACCCCAGCCCUGCCCUUGCUUCCUUCAAUAAACAUCACAGGACCUGGGACUGCACAGGA